ACCGCUGCACCCGGGUCCGGGUGCCAAGGUCCAGAAAUGAGAAAAAAUGAUCAUCAACACACAACAAUAAAUAAUAUUACAGAUUUAUUAUCGCAGAUAUUUGUAGUCACGCCACACUGUUGCUUUCGGUUCGGUAAAAACAACAACAAAAUAUAUUUUAACAAUCAUCGACGCCUUUAUCGGUUCGUCCGCACCGCAAUCACGGGAUUUAUGCCACUUGAGUCGGUGGCAACUCUUAGAUUAGCUAGACGACGUGUAAAUCAUGCAAAAAAACGCGUCUUUUCAGUCGAUCAUUAAACCUAUAAGGACGCAACGGAUCGCGAUUCGUCGUGCGAUCGCCCACGACCGUCUUGAUAACAGCUGCAGGUGAUUCGAAAGUCGACCGACCAUCGUUUGUUAUUAUUACCUAUUAUCGGUUUUUGUGUAACACCGAAAAUGCACGAUACGACAAAACCGAACUCAAACGAUCAUGUCAAGAAAAAACAAACGCAGAGGUCUGUCAAAAACGAAAAAAUCUACGAGUUCUUUCACCAACAUGUACCGAUCACCAAGUGGCUUCCAAAAUACACCAGUGAAAAUGCGAUGGGUGAUAUGAUAGCAGGUGUCACGAUUGGACUCACGAUGAUACCUCAAAGCAUUGCAUAUGCGUCGCUGGCUAAUUUAUCACCGCAGGUUGGGUUGUAUUCAGCACUGAUGGGAGGGAUCAUAUACAUGACUUUUGGGACAGUUAAGCAAGUUUCCAUUGGACCUACGUCUCUCAUGUCCUUACUAACUUACGAGUACACAAAAAAUUUGACUCCGGAAUAUGUGGUGCUAUUGACUUUCAUGUGUGGAAUCGUUGAAAUAUCGAUGGGAUUAUUUAAACUUGGAUUCUUGGUCGACUUUAUCUCCACUCCAGUGACAUCGGGAUUUACAACCGCUACUUCCAUUAUUGUGAUCAUGUCACAAGUGAAAGGUAUUUUGGGAGUGAGGUUCAAAGGCGAUACAGUUAAAGACAUAUUGGAGAAACUGAUAGAGCACUUCCACGAAAGGAGAAGCGGUGACAUGAUUUUAGGACUGAGCGCCAUUGCAUUAAUUCUAUUUAUGAGGGAAUUACGUAAUGUACCGGUCAAAGGGAAUUUGAAAAAAGUCUUGUGGUUCAUUUCCUUGAGUCGGAACACAUCCGUCGUCUUACUCUCAAUGUUUAUCACAUAUUUAUUCGAAUCCAGCGGAUCUCCAAUGCCGUAUUUAACCUCAGAGACUGCUAAAACUGGAUUGCCGUCACUACGGUUUCCGCCCUUUGGAUACACGUCAGGGAACACGACCGUCACGCUGCCCGAGAUGUUGUACGAGAUCCGGUCUGCCAUAUUCAUCAUACCACUUGUAUCGGUGCUGGCCAACGUGUCCAUUGCUAAAACUUAUGCUAACGGAGGUGUAGUAGAGGCGACACAGGAGAUGUUGGCUUUGGGAUUGUGCAACAUAGCAGGGUCGUUCAUUCUGUCGAUGCCCACCUGCGGUGCGUUCACUCGAAGCGCCCUCGUCCAAGCUAGUGGUGUUCAAACGACGUUGUCCAAUAUAUACGCCAGCGGUUUAAUAUUUCUGGCCAUCAUGUUCCUCACGCCUCAUUUUCAUCUCAUCCCUAGGGCGGUACUGUCCUCGAUUUUGAUCAGCGCCGUAUUGUUCAUGGUAGACUAUCAGAUAGUCAAACCUCUAUGGAAGACCAACCGAGUGGAGCUUUUCGUUACAUUGAUCACACUUUUGAUAAGCCUUUUCUUUACCGUUGAAAUUGGUUUACUUGUAGGCAUAUGUGCAAAUAUUAUUCAUUUAGCUCUAAUGUGGUCCAGACCUAAACUAAAAAUCGAAUUAAUCAAAUCCAAAGGAGUGGAGUUCGUAUUGAUAACGCCAAACAACGGACUGUAUUUCCCCGCGAUAGAUUAUUUGUAUAGGGAAAUCAUGCGAAUCCCAAAACAAGAAGGCUACUCAAAAAUACCAUUGGUCAUAAACUGCGCUCACUUAAAGGGACUGGACUACACUGCCGCCAAGGGACUGAGCCUGAUAUCUUCAGAGAUCCAGGCCAACGACCAACGUUUUAUCGUCCUGAGCUCGUCGGAAAAAAUGCGAUACGUGUUUCGGAAGUCUGGCUGCAAGUCGAUGAUGUUCUGUAACUCGCUCGACGCACUACCCGCCACAAUUCUAGGCGAACACUGCAAAGAAAAAUGUGCACUGAACAACUCAUCGGUGAGCCGUAACGAUACUGUGGUCGUGGACGUUCCGAUCAUGCUGGCUGAGGGGACUCCGCUGUUGAACGUCAAGACCCAAAACGGUAACGACACCAGAGUUGACCUUUAGCAGUGAUUUAAAGUGGCUAGGUUAGUAUAACUAUAUCCGGUCUAGGUUAGUAACUCGAAAUUCGAACUGCUUCCCAUUUGAUACUAUUGAAUUGUUUUCACUAUUUUUUUUUUUUGUAGGUCACUCGAAUUGCCUCCCAUUUUAGGUAGUUGCCUGUAUCUCAUUUAGAAGAAUACAUUCUGAUAGAUGAGUUAAUCUUAUUAUAGUUUGAAGUUUGAAAAUUAGUUGGUUGAAUCUCAAACAUUGGGUUUUUUAAGACACUAAAAACAUUAACACAUGACGGUUAAAUGUUAAUCAAAAAAAAUUUAAGUGCAUCCUUACAUUAAAUGAAAAAUUAAUAAGUAAGUCAAUAAUAUAUAUGUGUGAUGAUAUAAUAAUAAUAAUUCAAUAGGCCUAUGUUGGCUAAUAAUAAGCAAACGUUUGUAUGAAUGUAACAAUAAUGAAUAAAUAGGCCUAUAGGCUAUAGCUGAAAUCAAUAUCACGGGAUAUACCUAUAAUCAUUAAUCAGUUAUAAAAAUUAAUAUUUUAAUGAAAAUAAAUUAAUACUGCAAUAAUAUCUGGUAAUAAAGCUGAUUAUAAUAGUAGAUAAUUAUGCCUAUGCCGAUUAAUACUAGGUACAAUAAAUAAUAAAAUGUAUUAUAAAAUAUUUUUGAAGAAUACGAAAAUCGAUAAAAAUAUGUCAUGGUUAUAGUAAUCAGGUAUACCUAUGAUAUGGAAUGUAAUUUGAGUAAAAAGGUCACUUACUAAAUUUGGGAGGUAAUUCGUGUGCUACUCUGUGUCCUUUACAUCUAUUAUUAUUAAUUAUUAUUAUUUUAAUUUAUAUAUUUUAUGUAAAGUAUUUAGUUAAUAGUAAUAUUUAUUUAGUACAAUAUGAAUUAUGACGAUCAUUUUAUUGUAUACCGUUCAACUGUACAUACAUUACUUGUAAAUAAAAAUGUGAUUAAUAUGUUAUAAUA